AGGAAGUGUUAAAGAAUAAUUUCUGUUUAUAUUUGUUUUUAUCUAGAAGUAAACAAUGGGUAAUCAGCUGGAUAGUGGACAAAACAAAAACAGACUUUUGAAUGAUGAAGAAAUUUUUACUCUUCAAAAACAUUUUGCAAAUCGUGACGAAAAGGGUGAUCUAAGACUUGGAGAAUCCUGGAACUAUAUUGAAGAUGGGUUAAAGAGGAAUAUUCAAGAUUAUCUGACGGUGAAAGGAGAAGGAAUUAGCUUAGCUAAAUACCAGGACUCAGCAGCCAACUCUUUAAAGGGAAGCAAGGACCAACAAUUCAGUUUCUUGUGUAUGCUGGUAUUUCAAGGUGAGAGUGUUGUCCAAGUGGAGAAAUUAAUUUCAACUCUCACCUCACUCUUCUCAUCAUUCACCAAUAUCUACUCCCCUUCACAUUCAGGUAAAGUUGAAUGUCUAAGUUUAUCUCUAUCCUUGCUUCAUGAUACACUCUACCCUGGUCUCAAGAGGAAACAAACUAUUGGAGCCGAGUUCGAUCCAUACAUCGAGGUAGACACAGGGACCCUUGAGAAUAUAUUCAUCUAUAAUCCUCUUCUUGAAUUGGUUCUUCAAAAUAUACUAGCUCAUUGCUUUCAGCUUAAACAUCUAGAGUUUAAAAUAGGAGUUCCAUAUCAGGAGUCUAUAUUUCCUUUACUUUCCCUUCUUUUCCUCAACUACAAUCUUCCUAGUUUGUACAAGGAUACAUGGAGGUCUCUCUUCAGUAUAAGACGAGACGGGGAGAGUUUUUCCAAAUUCUCAGGAUUAAUAAUUAACCGUGGUCCAUCAUUAAUUAUCAUUAAAGAUAAUGAAGGAAAUGUGUUUGGUGGAUACUGUUCCAGUUCCUGGAAACCAGGUCCCAAUUUUAUUGGAAGUUCUGAGUGUUUCCUCUUUCAACUUCAUCCUCAGCUAAAUAUAUAUGAUUCUACCCCAUUUAACACUAAUUAUCAGUACUUCAACUUGAAGCAGAAAACAAUGCCCAAUGGACUAGGAAUGGGGGGACAACUCGAAUAUUUUGGAUUCUGGAUUGAUGCAGAGUUUGGAAUUGUUCGAACCUCUCCUUCAUGUAGUACAUUCCACUCACCACAGCUAGGCGUUCAGGUCUCCUCUUAAACAA